AAGUUGCUGCAGUCCUGGAGGAGGAUGCGCGGUGACUGUGAAGCUGACGGCUGACCUUUACGCACACGGAUUUAUUGCGUUAUUCUGAGAGGAGUUUGGGAAAUAACUCCUUCUGUUGUUUGUUCUAGUUUUUUGGGGGGGAACUGUGGGUCGUUCAUGUGUGCGUGCCGACCGACGUGUCCACGUGAAGCUUUUAAAAACGACCCGGGACUGAGCUGAACUGGGAACUCUUUUUCUAAUCAGCUGAAACUUUUUGAUUUGCAAAUUAUGGACAUCCUAAGUGAGCCGGUUCAUACUUUGUGGUGCAUUCAAGACUUCAAAUUACAAACUAUGACAUGAUGUAAAAACCACCAGGGUGAAACCUUUGCAGAGAGUCCUGAUGAAUUCUAAGACUUCUUCUUCUUCCUGGAAAUGGCAAAUCGUGCCAUACUGAUGGAGCGGGUGGUGGUUCUGAUAUGCAGUGUAUUGAUCCUAAUCCUCGGCUCAUGUGUCGGGUCUCCAAACCACAGUCACCGGCUGGUCUGCUGGAAAGCCAUCCUCAAGUGCCACGGAGAGCCGGAGUGCCAUUACGCUUACGAUCAAUACCUGUACGCGUGCGCGUCUGUCAUCAACGGGGCGCGUAAGAAGUGUCCCAGUCACUGCAUAUCCUCUCUGAUCCAGCUCAACUUAACCCAAAGUGGUCCUGCUUUGGAGGACUGUGACUGCGCAAUGGAUCCGGUUUGCAGAAGCACCAAACAAGCCAUCGAGCCGUGCCUGCCGCGGACCAGCACCAUGGGCUGUACGGAGGCCCGGAGGCAGUGUGAGGCGGACCAGUCUUGCAGCGGUGCAAUGAGGGAUUAUUUGUUCCACUGCAGGAAACUUUUCGGAGGGGAAAGGUGCUCGGAUGGGUGCAGGAGAGUGAUAGCAAACAUGCGCUCCAUACCCAAAGCGCAGCAGCUGGACACGUGUGUGUGUGAUGGCACGGAUAGGAACAUUUGUGAGUAUAUCAAAGUCAGCAUGAAAACUUUCUGCUCGGAUUCUGGAGACAGAUUCGCGGGAAGUGGAUUCUCAGACUCUGAGGAGGACUCAGAGGAUGAUUACAUCGAUCAGGAGGAUUAUCAAUACGUGGAAAACUCAAGUGACUCCUUACUUUGUCAGACUGUGCUCACCUUCCUUACCACCAUUUUGGUUUUAACGAGAUUAAUAUGAAGGCUGAUGCAUUUGAGUGCAGCAAGAGAGUCAGUUGCCUUGUGAAUUAAUUACAUGGAAAUCUAACUUGAAUCCUCAUUUGGUGCUUUUAAACUUACUUUUCUGCUGCAGAUCUGCACAAACCCCACACAAUCAUCAUGCAAGUUACCUUCUAGUGCUCAGAUCAGAAUACAUGUUGGAUUUAAAGUCCUUUUUUCUGAAAAGUUGCUGCUCUUAGGGCAGGAAUCACAUCAGAAUGUGCCCUUGAGUAAAAUGUGGGACGUGGUUUUCUCCAGAUCUGUGGUAAAUUACACCAGUAUCAUGUUUACAUCAUGCAAAUUCAGAUUUCAAAUCAAAUUGUGUUGCUUGUCGGGUAUAUAUGUAGUUUUAAAGGGCUGCCACAAAGUGAAUCAACAGAAUUCACACGAGGAUUUGUUGAUCAAGUUGAACUUUGAUUUGGGGCUUUUAGAUCCAACUGCUUUCUACUGAUCUGCACAAAUCCACGAAGUCAUCAUGUCAAAAUCAUGCAAGUUACCUUCUAAUGCUCAGAUCAGAAUAUAUGUUGCAUUUAAAGUCCUAUUUUCUGAAGAGUUGCUGCUCUUAAGGCAGGAAUCCCAUCAGAAUGUGCCCUUGAGUAAAAUGUGGGACGUGAUUUUCUCCAGAUCUGUAUUAAAUUAAACCAUUAUCAUGUUUACAUCAUGCAAAUUCAGAUUUCAAAUCAAAUCAUGUUGCUUGUUGGGUAUAUAUGUAGUUUUAAAGGGCUGCCACAAAGUGUUGCACUGUGAAUCAACAGAAUUCACAUGAGGAUUUGUUGAUCAAGUUGAACUAUGAUUUGGGGCUUUUUCGAUCCAACUGCUUUCUACUGAUCUGCACAAAUCCACUAAGUCAUCAUGUCAAAAUCACACAAGUAAAUUUUGGGGAUCAGAUUAGUGGUUUAUAUAGAUUUUUAAGUAUAUUUUUUGAGAAAAUGCUGCAAAGUACUAGUGAUUCCAAAGUGAAUCAAUAGAAUCACAUCAGAAUCUGUCCUCAAUGAAAAUUUGGAUGGUUUAGUUUGAUAUUGUGUGACUGAUGCGCACAAAUCCACACAAAUCCUUAUGUUUCCUUCAUCAGUGAUACUUUCUGAGAACUUACAGCCUCUUUAGUUAGAAAGGAAGUUGCAGUGUAAAUCAACAGGAAUCUACGGAAGCCCAAAAUGGACAUUCAUCCAUCCAUAUUAUUUACUCUGUUUUUGGUUUGAAACAAGCAUUUGUCAUUUUUUUGUUUGGAUCUUGACUUAUUUGGGGUGUAUCUCGAGCAAACAAAAACAAAGCUGGUCAUUCCUCUAUAACAGAUUCUCUUCUUUCUGGUAAUUGACACAUUUCUGGCAAUGUGGGGAACUGAACAGUUGUCUGGUCACUUUUGUGGAAGGCUAAUGUUUCUGUUUGUUUUGGUCUUUUGCAACUCUGGAGAUGGGAGUUAUGUCCAUCGGAUAUUAAGUCAAGAUUUCAAGGAAACAACUUAAAGUGACUCAUUAACACUGGAAACAGAGUAAACGGAUGGGCGGAUGCAUGCCUGCUUAAGGCGUCUGGAUAAAUCACAUCUAAAUCAACCUUGAACUAAAAGUUUGAACUCUUUGUUUCCAACAGUUCUACUCAAACUCACACCAUGGUUGUAGAAAACGGAUAAAAAAUGAAGGUUGAAGCAUCAGAUCAAUGUCAUAUUUCAGUUUUGUUGUCAUCUGGAAAUGCUACAGGAGCCUAUUUUUUGUAUAUGCCAGCUAUAUAAAGUUAAAUUGUACAGUAUAUUGUAUAAUAGACAUGUUUUUGUAAAAAUAUUUGUGUAUAAGAGAAGAGAUUUGCACUGUAUCAGUAGUUGAGUUACCCUGUUUUACUGCCUGAAGACUAUAGAAGGAGGACAAAUGUUCAAAGUGCCUAAAAGUCUGUUUUUCAUCCACCAUGAUGUGACCAUAUCAGAGGUAUGCUGUGAAAGCUAAGUCAUUUUUCUUCCACCAGCUGUACGCAGACUCCCUCCACAACCCCCUCAUUAAAAAAACCAAAGUUUUUGUAAGCCUCUGAAACGUGUCUAAGUUCCCAGAGCAUUAAAAAAUAACACGACUGAAACCAGAUCGCUCUAAAAAAGAGUGACACACUUGACCUUAUAAACACGGAUGUUUGUGUAAAGUAUGAAGUGUUAAUUCUUGGUAACUGUUAAAACAGACGACAGAGAGGUAAGACUCUACGUCUCGGGGGAUUCACAGCACCAUUUGGGUAAAAGAAAAAAAAAAGCACUCGUCCAGUUUGUUUAUGUUCACUCCAUGUGUUUGUUCCAAGUCCUUACGAAGACACACUGAGAAAACAAAUGUCAGUGUGGUCGGGUGAUGGGGGACAUGAAGGGCCCUGUAUGAACACAAUCGUCUGAAUGUACAAGCACAUCAAAUAAAAGAGUUUUUAAAGUGA